AUGGGCUGGAUGGAAGUCAUCCCUGCAGACAUCACUGCAGAAAUUGUAAGCAAAACCUUUUAUAAGCACUGGAUUUGCAGAUUUGGCGUCCUAUAUAUAAUUAUUACGGAUCAAGGAACGCAGUUUCAAUCACAGUUGUUUAGGAGUUUGGCUGUAAUAUGUGAGGCUAAGGUCCUUCAUGCUAUAGCGUACCAUUCCCAAUGCGAUGGGAAAAUUGAGAGGCUUCAUAGAAAUUUGAAAAUUGCUAUAAAAGAGCAUGAUAAUUCUCAGUGGACUGAAACACUACCAACAGUUCUGUUGUGUCUUAGAUCUGCUUUACGAUGUGACACAAACCACUCGAUUGCGCAAAUGGUAUAUGGAACAAACUUUAAACUACCUGAUGAAUUUUUUGAUCCACCCAAUUUUAAAGUUGACCCUGCUACCUUUGCGGGUAAGUUGCUAAACUAUAUGGAUAACUUUAAACCGAUAAAAACACGGUGUGCUACCCAUCAGAAAGUUUUUAUCCAGAAAGAUUUAAAGUCAUGCUCGUAUGUUUUUGUGAGAACAGACAAAGUGAAAAAGCCACGUGAACCAACUUAUACGAGACCGUUUCAAGUAUCUGAUAGAAAUGAGAAAUAUUUUUCUGUGCUCGUCAAAGGCAAAACAGUUAAUAUUUCUGUUUGCAGACUAAAGCCCGCAUACAUGCUAGCUACUGAUUUUGAUGCUGUAUCUGACAAAGUGAUUGUGGAUAAUAAAAGUAACCAACAUUCAAGCGAAAAGAUUUCCCAAGCUAUCGACGACAGCAAAACUCUUACAGCCGUUCCGGUAGACAGGUAA